UCGUGUUAGAUACUAAGUGUGCCUGAAAUUGCAAGAAUGCCGUGCUCCUGCGCUUUUGGGUGCAAACCUUCAGCCGGUGUUCCAAUGCACAGAUUCCCCAGUCAAGAAAAGUUUCCUGAGCGCUUUAAGACUUGGGUUACUCUCUGCGGGGGAAAACUUGAAACAUCUGCUGACUAUAAUAUUUAUAAGGAGAAAAGAGUUUGUGAUAGGCAUUUUGUCGAAAAAGAUCACAAUCGUAACAAAAGACUCAAUGCUUUAGCAGUUCCUUCACUUUAUUUGGCAGAAAUUCCAUUGUUUCAAGCACUUGAGCCUGAUAUGGAAAACGUUGCAAGAUCAUCGAAAAUCAAUAAAUCAGGGAAAACUUCUAGCACUGCAGACACAGUUUUGUCUCAUGUAAUGGAAGAACACAAUUACUUUGCUGCUAGAAGGGAAAGACAACCAGCUUUUAAAAAACGUAGGUGUAAUUUCUCUACUAUAUAUCUUGGACAAAUUACUCCUGACCCUCUUUACAGUUUUCAAGUGAUUUAA